AUGGUGAUUAUUGCCACGAGCAUUAUCUAUCAAAGUUUUAGAGAAUACAUGGGAAAUCCAAGCGACGCAGCUCUGGGGGCGAUCGUGGCAGCAUACGUUGCUGGAUUAGCUGUCGGGCACAUUGUACAGAUCUUUCUGGGGGACUUCUUUGGAAGAAGACGUUACAUGCAACUAAUGUGCAUUGCGGCUAUCAUUGGAACUAUCUUCCAGACAGCGGCACAGAGCUAUACCAUGUUCCUCGUGGGACGAAUAGUCAUCGGUGCCGCUACGGGAGGCCUCUCCGGCACUGUUGCCAUAUACAACUCUGAAAUAUCACCGCCUGUAUCACGCGGAUUCAUCGGAGGACUCACGGGAUUUAUGUUCGCCUUUGGCAGCUUUCUUGCUAAUUGGGUCGGAUUUGCUUGUGGGUACAUGCCGGCGACGAGCACAUUUCAGUGGCGACUUCCUACGUCUCUUCAGAUACCACUCAGCAUCAUACUCUUCCUUGGCCUGCAAUUUUUCCUCCCCGAGUCUCCCAGAUGGCUGAUCAGUUUAGGGCGCCAAGACGAAGCACGUGUAGCCUUUAGACAAAUCCAGGGCAACCUGUCUGAAGUGGCUUUGCUUAAAGAGUUCAAUGACAUGCGAGAACAGAUACUUUUCGAAAAGUCGACGGGGACGAGGACGUUCUUGGAGGCCUGGUCGAAGUACAAGAAACGUAUACUCAUUUUGCUUUUCGUGCACAUUAUGACAGCCCUUUCUGGAAUCAACAUCGUCAACUACUAUCAACCGAUGCUCUAUAGCCAGUUGGGAAUAAAAAGCGAAACGGUACUCGUAUUAGCAGGCAUCUAUGGGACUGUGGGACUCAUGGCGAAUUUACCCUCUAUAUACCUCUUGGACAGAUUUGGUCGCGUCAAGCUUUUGAAGUGGGGCAUGGUCGCAUUGUGCAUAGACCUGAUUUACUGUGCUUUAAUGACCCGCUAUUUUUCUGGCUCGGAUAACAACAUCGGCAAAGGAAUGGCGGUCCUUGGGAUAUAUAUGUUCACUGCCAUCUUUCACCUGGGUAUAAACAGCGCAAUCUGGCUGUACAGCACCGAGGUUCUUCCUGUUGCUUUGCGCAAUAAGAUUGUGGCGCUGGGAUUAGUACUUCAGUAUACUUGUAGUGUUGCUGUCACUGAGUCUGGUCCGAUCGCACUCGCGAACAUCGGAGCAAACUUUUAUUACGUCUUUGUUGCUACGACAUUCGUGUCUGCAGUCGUUAUAUCCAUUUAUUUUCCCGAGACCAAAGGCAAGACUUUGGAAGAAAUUGCGGCAUCGUUUGGAGACAAAGUCGUCUAUUCUGAUGAUGCUAUGGGUAUACGUGACUGCAUCACAGAAGAGUCAAAAUGA